AUAUAUUCUGAUUAUGUCUUACGAUUUUCUUUUUAAAUAUAUCAUCAUUGGAGACUCAGGUAAGCUAUUAUAUAUAAUAAAGGUGUUGGGAAAUCCUGCCUUUUGCUUUAAUUAUUAGAUAAAAGAUUCAGAUAAAAACAUGAAGUUACAAUAGGAGUUGAAUUCGGUGCUAAACCAAUAGAAGUGGAUGAUCUUAAUAUAAAAUUAUAAGUUUGGGAUACUGCAGGAUAAGAAGCGUUUAAAAGCAUUACUCGAACAUAUUAUAGAUCAGCUGCUGGUGCUUUAAUAGUUUAUGAUGUCACAAAGUAAAUAAUUUAAUUUCUAUUAUUUUAGGAGAGAAUCUUUUAAUAGUGUAUAAACAUGGAUUGAAGAAGCAAAAUAGAAUGGAAAUUAAACUAUGAGCAUGAUUUUGGUUGGGAAUAAAACUGAUUUAGAGUCUAUGAGGGAGGUUACAACAGAAGAAGGAAAGCAAUUGGCAAAACAAUAAAAUAUUUUAUUUAUUGAGACUAGUGCAAAGACUGGAGAUCAUAUUGAUGAUACUUUUAUUAUAAGUGCUAAAGAGAUCAUUUAAAAAUUAAAGAAUAAGUAAAUUGAUUUGCGAGAUGAAGUAUUUUUAUAAUACUAGAUUAUAGAAUUGUGGUAUUAAGAAAGGUGCAAAUGCAUAAAAUAAGAAUACACUUCAAAAUUCAGAGGACGAUAAAAAAUAACUUAAUAGUUGUUGUUGA